AUGUUACCUGACUGUGGGUUGCAAAAACCUCCCCCCAAUUGUCGAGUUAAUGUCACCCUCCCUUGGAACUCUGAACAGUCACUUGAAACGUUUGUCUUCAAUCUCCUUUAUGUUGCUGUUAGUCUGCUUGGUGGAAGUAUAGUACUCGUUGGCAUUUUAAGUAGUAUCCUAUGUGUUCUUGUAUUCUCACGAAAUCACAUCACUCUAAGAACCACCAGACGAUUACUGAUCCUUAAUUUUAUUACUGAUGUUCUCUACCUCAGUUUUCUCGGCUGUCCCACUAUUUUGAUUGGACUAUAUCGAAAGGAUUCAGUGAGUAAUCUUGCUAGAGACUGCUUCUAUACAAUGGCGAAUGUUGUUCAAAUUUUCAGAAACUGGACCAUUACAAUCAUAGCACUAGAGCGGGUUUUACUGCUAUGCUAUCCAAUCUACUUCAAAUUUUACUGGAAUUUAAAACGUGUAACACACCUUGUCUACGUUGUCGGAACACUUUCCGCGUUUUUACGAACAAAUACAGUCUUGACUCUGGUCUACAAGUAUAAUGGAUUGUGUUCAAUAGCAGCCAAAUUAUUCAGUUUAGAUGCCCUAAUUGACGUUGUUUUUUUGACAUUUCUGCCACUGAUUCUGUUGUCCUUCAUUAGUGUACGCAUAUUUGUAGAAAUUCAGAGGGUGCAACAGUGGCGAUAUAGCCUUAAUUCAAUGCAUCGCAAAGGGGAGCUAAAUUACCGGCAUUUUGAAGCCCGAAUUCAUCGAACGCUCUUAAUGGUUUUGGUCCUCUUUACCAUUCUAUCAAUUCCAUAUUUCCCAAAUGGAGUUCUUCGAGUUCUCCAAGCAAUGAGAAUUGGUGGUUGUCAGGUUUAUUUAUGGCAGCGAAUAACCUCUGUAGCGGCCUACACAGGGACCCUGCUUAACUCAACAGUAAACUGUUUUGUCUAUCUUAUUUGUUGGCCAAGAUUUCGACAUAUUGUUUGGCGAACUCUAACUUCACCUCUUAAAUCUUGUUUUGCCUGCUUACAAAAACAAUAA